CGCUUUUGGAUUAAAAUAUAUAAUCACAAAUAAACUGUGCGCCGCGCAUUGAUUUUUCUUUGCAUUUUCUAAUUUGACCGUCAAAAUUCCACCAGAACCAAUGGCUAAGGACGAGGAGGAGGAUGAUGUUUUGCCCGAUAAGGAUGCGGCCAAGGGCUUUUAUGCCAAAUAUGAACCUAAGGAGAUACUGGGAAGAGGCAUCAGUUCCACAGUACGCCGUUGCAUCGAAAAGGAAACAGGCAAAGAGUUUGCCGCAAAAAUCAUCGAUCUUGGCGCUGCCACAGAAGCUGGUGACACCAAUCCAUAUCACAUGCUCGAAGCCACAAGACAGGAAAUUUCAAUACUCAGACAAGUUAUGGGGCAUCCCUAUAUAAUUGAUCUACAAGAUGUCUUCGAAUCGGACGCUUUCGUCUUUUUAGUAUUUGAAUUGUGUCCGAAGGGUGAACUCUUCGAUUACCUUACCUCGGUUGUGACGUUGUCGGAGAAGAAGACGCGCACCAUUAUGCGUCAAAUAUUUGAGGGUGUUGAAUAUAUACAUGCAAAAAAUAUUGUACAUCGAGAUUUGAAACCCGAAAAUAUUCUACUCGAUGAGAAUCAUAAUGUUAAGAUAACAGAUUUCGGUUUUGCGCGGCAACUGAAGGGCGACGAGAAGUUGACAGACCUCUGUGGCACGCCUGGCUAUUUGGCGCCCGAAACAUUGAAGUGUAAUAUGUUCGAAGGCUCGCCUGGUUACUCAAAAGAAGUUGACAUUUGGGCAUGCGGCGUCAUUAUGUUCACAUUACUUGUUGGCUGUCCACCGUUUUGGCAUCGCAAACAAAUGGUCAUGCUGCGCAACAUAAUGGAGGGCAAAUACAGCUUCACGUCACCCGAAUGGGCUGAUAUAUCAGAGGAUCCUAAGGAUCUCAUACGCAAAUGUCUAGUCGUCGAUCCAGCGAAACGAAUCACAGUGAAAGAAGUAUUAAAGCAUCCGUUCUUCAAUCAGAUGUUAUUCGAGCAAAAUAUCGAUGGACUGAAGCGCAGCCUAUCCACCAAAUCUAGGAGAAUGAGUCGCAUCAAUGACAUUGCACUGGUUUUAUGCUCAGAACCGUCGACUGAUGGCCGCACCACUUAUCAGCUUAAAUCACAAAAUCUGCGUAACACGCCCAGCAAUGGCAGUCAGUUGUAUUAUAAUCCUAAUAUUAUUAAAACACAGACGUCGAACUACAGUUACAACAAACAACCAUCAACAACAACGAAUGCUAGCAAUAAUAUUAGUAACAACAACAAUCGCAAGAGCAUGACAAACUUGUACUUAAACAAACAAGCGAGUAAUCUUAGCAAUAAUAGCAAUAACACCUAUACGUCAACCACCACAACUACUUCCCCGAGUACGACGAACUCUCAAGCGUACAAUAACAACUAUAAUCAACGCACUUAUCAAAGUAAUGGUAAUGCGUUUGACAAUACUACGGCUGGUCCGGCUACAUUCCACACGACAAAUAAAAAUAAUAACAGUAUUGGCAAUGCAAUGACAACGACGCCAUUCAUAACGCAAGAGCAGCAGCAGCAACAGCAACAACAACAGCAGCAACAGCAGUUGCUCUAUCAGCAGCAGCAUCAACAAUUUAUACAAAAACAACAGCAAACAUAUGAACAACAGCUGCGUAAACAAAGUCGCUUUAAUGCACGUAAGAAAUUCCAAUUCGCCAUAUUGGUUAUACGUGCCAUGAUUAGAAUACGCCGAUUGCGUUACACCGCCGAACCAUUGCGCGUCGAAGAGGCUAUACGCGAUCCAUAUCGGGUCAAGGUGCUGCGUAAGGUGAUUGAUGGCUGCGCUUUCCGCGUUUACGGACAUUGGGUGAAGAAGGGCGAAGGCCAGAAUCGUGCCGCACUCUUCGAGAAUACGCCUCGCACAGAAUUGCAUGCGCUCUACAUAAACAAUUUGAGUCGAUAGUUCGUCGAACAGUCAACACAGGGAAGCUAAUUCGCGACGGGAGAUUAGAGAGGAGUGUGAAAAGACGCGAAAACCGGAAGAGUAAAAAGUGCUGAAACUUAUGAAUUACUGAAAAUUAACUCUUUUGCUUGCAAUUAGCGUUUAGUAGCCAGUUGGCGGAAAAAUUAUUAUGAAUAUUUUAGUUGUAAAGUGAGCUUAAAACACAAAUGUUUGUUGAAAUCAGCCAUUUUUAUAAAUUGUUUUGUUUGCACUUUUUGAAGUGCAUUUAUUUUAUUUAAUAUAUAUAUAAUAUUUUUUAUUUGAUUAGUAAUUAUGAGAAUUUGUAGUAAUAUACAUACAUACAUACAUAUAAAUAUAGUGAACAAAUCCUAAUUAACGAUAAUUGCAAUUAAGCAGCGUACUGUGGAUGCAGAAACGGAGAAAAAACGAAUUGAAACUAGAAUGAUAUGAAAUGUAUCGCAUGAAAAUGUGUGUGUGAUUGCGCCACACACAUAUGCAAAUUCAAAACUGAUAUUAAUGCAUUGUUUAACUUUUGCUUUAGUUUGUAUUAUUUAUAUAGUUUAAUUUUGUUAAGCCCCAAAGCUUUGUACUUUUAAGCAGCUGAACGAAGAAUAAGAAGCCGUAAAAUAAAUGAGACAUGAAGCGUACCAAAUUAUUUUAUAUACAUACAUAUAUAAUUAAUAAUUAAAGAUAAAAAUUAAACUAAAGUCUAAUUAACGAAAUAGUUGUUAGUAAAUAAAUAGUAGCUGAAUACAGCGGUGCAAAAAGAAGAGAAGAAGAAGCGCAAAAAACUACAUUUGAAGCUAAAUAAUUAAAUCGCUUUAAGUUAACAUUAUUACAAAACAUUGUGUAAAACUAUGUGAAAGUAAAAAUGAAAAUUUGAAAUUAAAUUUAAUUUCAUUUAAAAAUCUAAAAUUUCAAAGCGCCAAAUUCAUGUAUGCAUUACAUUUAAUGCAGUUUUGAGCGCCACUCUCAUAGUUACUACAUACAUGUUGUGCAUCAAAUAUAAUUUUUUUAUUAAUUUUCAAUUUAAAUUUCUUAUUCAUAAAUAUUUUAGCAUGUAUGCACAUUAAAUUGUUAAGAAAAAAACUAAACAAUUGUUAAAACCGCAUUUGCGUUUUGAGAAAGAAAAAAAACACGCAAAUUGUUUAGUUAUAACUUUAAUGCACACAAACACACACCCACACACUUUCAAAUAUACAUACAUGCAUACAUAGUAUCAUACACAAACAUACAUAUCUCAUAAUUUACGGAAAAAAAAUGUAAAGCACUUAAUUUCUGUAUAAUAACAAAAAAAAUUGCGCAAAAUUAAAUCACUGAGGGCACAAAAUUGAUUGAAAGAAAAUUUUUUUAAAUUAUAAAUGUUAUUAUCACAUUUUUUUAAUAAUGCUGCAAAAUUCUGAAUCUUAAGUAAAAGCAACAAUUUGUAAAUAUUUUAAAUAUUGAGACAUAAUAUUAAUUGCAAGAUUUUUUUAAUUGUACAUAUCGCUCAUUUACUUGAAUAGUGUCACAACUCAAAAAAGUCUUUAUGACACUAUUCAAGUAAAUGAGCGAUAUGAUUACCAUACCUUUUAGUAAUGCUGUGAGGCCAGAUAUGAUUUUUUUUAAAUUAUAAAUAUUACCAUUCUUUUUAAUAAUGCUGCAAAAUACUGAGGCCACAAUAUUAAUUGAAAAAAAAAAUGUUUUUGAUAAUGCUGGAAAUAUUGUAAAAUUUAAAAUUUUUUGCUUUUUUUUAAUAAUUAUUCACUCUCACAAUUUGUGUUUGGAAUUUGUAUAAAAUUGUUUAAAAAACGCACAGAAAUUCAUUUAGUGUGGAAAAAUAUAAAUUUUGCCGUAAAAGAGUCCCGCACUCUCACAAAAUUUAUUAAAAAUUGCAUGAAAUUUCAAAAAUUCGCAUUACAAUAACUAAUUAAACAAAAACACACAAUUUUCAAAAGAAAAAAUCGCAAAAAAUUAAAAUACUAAAAUAUUUAAAUUUAUUUUUUUAAUUAGUAAAAUUAAAGUGUUUAGUAACUUAUUGAAAAAUUGAAAUUUACUAAGCAAACACAGCAGCAGCAACAAAGAGUUAGUUUAUUCAUAAAAAUUGAAAUUUAUGAAGAAAAAAACAGUGACUAUUUAGUAAAAAUUUGAAAUAGUUUUAAAUAUUUUCUCAAUAUUCAUUUAACACUUAAAAUAAUUAUAAAAUUUGAUAUUACCUUCAAUUAAACAUCUAAAAUAUUAAAAUGUAAGAGAAGAAAUUAUUUAAAAUUUAUAAAAAUCAUUUUAAAUAGUUUUAAAAUUUUUCACAAUAUUCAUUUAACAUUUCGAAAAUUGGUAACACUUGAUAUUCUCUUUAAGUAACCAUUUAAAAAAAAAUUUAAAAUAUGAAAGAAGAAUAUAUUUGAAAUUUAUAAAAAAUCAUUUUAAACAAAAUAAAAAAAAAAUUUAAAUUUCAAAAUAUUAAACACUACAAAACACUUAAAAAGUCGUAAGAUUUGAAUUUACCUUUAAUCCAUUUAAAACAAAAAUUUUGAAAUGUGAAAGAAGAAGUUAAAUUUAUUUAAAUAUUUAAAUUUAAAAAAAAAUCUUUACAAUUUAUAAAAAUAAUUUUAAAUGGUUUUAAAAAAGUUCACAGAAGUCAAGAGGUAAACAAAUCGUAAAAUUUGAUAUUACUUUCAAACAACCAUUUGAAACAAAAAUUUUUGAAAUGUAAAUGAAGAAAUUCGUUAAAAUUUACAUAAAUUAAUAGCAGAGUUUGCAAAUAUUUAAUUGGUCUAAUGAGCUUGGCCUUCAUAAUGUUUUCAAUAAUAUAUUUUUAUGAAAAGCAAAAAUUACUGAGUUAACACAUAUACAUAUACAUACAUAAACAUAAAAAAGUAAUAAUUUUUGUUAUAAUUUAUCAUAUUAUCAUCACUUAAAAACACACUCACUGAAAUGAUUGCUAAUUGUUUGUCUAAUAUGUUCGCAGCAUAAAAUACAGAAAUAACAAAAAUAUAUAAUUUUAUACAAAUAUAUACAUAUAGACAUACAUACAGCUACGAGUAAAUGAGUAAAUGUAUGCCCGCUGCUUUAAAACAGAAACAGAAAAAUUUAGAAAUGUAAAAGUAAACUUAAAUGAAAUUGUAACUGUCAAGUACCUCCAGUGUUUUAAGCGCAUAUUUUACACUUGUAUGUAGUUAUGUAGAUAAAAAAAACAAACAAUUUAGAUGUGCUACAUAGCAAUUAUAGUGCAUUAAAGGUCGCAUACAUAUGCAUAAAUAGUAAUAAAUUGAAAUGUAUGCGCAUGUAUGUAUGUAUUUUGAACAGCAACGAAACACUUUCAAGACACACGCAAGUGAAAUUGUGAAAAAUAGCAAUUUAAUAAAAAUUUACGUUGUUAAAGUGAAAAAAUCAA